GACUCACUCACUGGGAAAGAAGAAAAGAAUCGAAAUUCAUGUCAGAAUCGAAUCGUGUUUUCACUUUCAAUAAUUUAACCUACAUUAGAUGCCAUCCUGAUAUUUCUGGCACUAGAAGACUUGUGCAACACAGUUGUAAUAAAUCAUUAGAGAGUUAUAUAAACACACACUCUCCUGGACUUUGCCUCCUUUUGAACAGCUCUUCCGGUUAUAUUUCCAGCCGACAGGAUCAGGAAGAUUUCUCUCCACUCUCCAGUAUACGAAUACGAACAACAAGAGGACAAUGAUGCAAGUUAUCGAAAAUAUUCAACAGGCCAUCUCCAGCCUUAACCAUCAGCAACAGUACAUCCUGGCCAUCUCAUCUGCUGGAAUUGGAGGUCUUUUAUUCUACCUAGCAUGGAGGAAACCGUCAAAGAAGAUCCCAGUUGGAGAUGGAUGGUGGAGGGUCGGAGAAAAGCCCCUAACAGAAGACCAAACUAUACGGCCAUUUGUUGUGGAGACCUCCAAAGAAAUGAUAGAGGAUCUUUACCAGCGGAUUGACGAGACGCGAUACACAGACUGUUUGCAAGACUGCAGAUUUCACUAUGGCUUUAACUCUGCCUAUCUUCAAAAAGUCACUUCAUACUGGAGACAUGAAUUUAACUGGGAGAAACAGGUUAAGGUGCUCAACAAAUACCCACACUUCAAAACUAACAUCGAGGGUAUAGAUGUGCAUUUCAUUCAUGUGAAGCCUGUCCAGCACGUUGGGCAGAAAGUUCUUCCUCUCAUGUUGGUGCAUGGCUGGCCUGGUUCCUUCUUUGAGUUCUACAAGAUCUUGCCCAUGCUGAGUGACACCGAGGACGAUGUUGUCUUUGAGAUCAUCUGCCCCUCCAUCCCAGGCUAUGGGUACUCUGAAGCCCCACAUGUCCAGGGAUUUAAUUCCAUGGAUGCUGCCCGUGUUUUCCACAAGCUGAUGGAGAGACUGGAGUUCAAGGAGUAUUACCUCCAGGGAGGAGAUUGGGGAGCACUUAUCACCAGCAACAUGGCCCAGAUGAAACCUGAGUGCGUUAAGGGCUUGCAUCUUAACAUGAUCAAUGCCAGAGCAAGAGGCGUUAUCACAGUCCUGUCUCUCAUCAUCGGCCGUUACCUGCCCUUCCUGGUAGGCUUCACCAGAGAGGACGUGCGACGUCUCUAUCCUUACAUGCAAAAGAACGUGUAUGAAAUACUGAAAGAAUCUGGUUACAUGCACAUCCAAGCUACCAAACCUGAUACUGCAGGCUGUGGGCUGAAUAAUUCUCCAGUUGGUUUGGCUGCCUAUAUCAUGGAGAAGUUCAGCACCUGGACCGAUUCUAAGAACAGGGACCUUGACGAUGGGGGAUUAGAGAGGAAGUUCAGUCUGGAUGAUCUCCUCACCAACGUCAUGAUCUACUGGACUACAGGCUCCAUCAUCCCCUCAAUGCGCUUCUACAAAGAGAAUCUGGGCAAAAACUUCUUUGAAAGAGUGGACAGUGUAACAAAAGUUUACGUACCGACUGGACUGGCAGCAUUUCCCCACGAGCUGCUUCAUUGUCCUUGGGUUUGGGCCAGCUCAAAGUUCACAGAUAUCCGCUCUUACUCCUACAUGCCCAGAGGGGGGCACUUUGCAGCCUUUGAGGAACCAGAACUGCUUGCUCAAGACUUGUUGCAAUUUGUGAAGAAAGUAGAGAGCAAGAAGGCUAAAUAAUUUGUGAAUUCUAUUGCCUGAUAGAAUACAACUUGCAUUGCUAAGGAUGGGGGAGAAUAUACAAGUAGAAAGCUUUACCAACACUGCCUUGAGACACAGUAGAUGAAUAACUUGACCUAGAAAACCUCUGGCAAUAAGUCAACCUUGCAAAACUUGUUAAUGUAUUUAGUCUGCCAUUUUAUUCAUUAAUUUAACUGAAAACUACUACAAAAUUCAUAUUCACAAACUGAAGAAAAAAAAAAUUCGUAGUUUGUCUUGGAACUUUUUAACAGAAUACUUGCAAAUCUCAUCACCAUGUAUAAAAUAUUAUUGGGGUAUAAAAUAAAAACUUACACUAUGCAUAUAAUUUAGACUUGCUGUUAUGUUCAUCACACAAUUUGACAUGUUGAAAUUGUAUUCUCCGUCAAAGUUGUUGUUUCUCCACAAUAAAAUGUAACUAGAAUUCUGAAAGGGAAGCGCAUGAAUGAUAGAGACGACUACUUAAUAAAUAGGUGAAUUAAAUGACAUUUAAUUAAAAAUCAAUUCAUGAAUAAAACAUAA